GGGAGUGGCUUGAGCCUGCCGGCUCGUCCCGUUCCCCUGCGGGACGUGAUCAGGCGAGCUACGGAGCGCUGGAGCGGACAUUCGCCGCUACCAUGCCCCGGUACGCGCAGCUGGUGAUGGGCCCGGCGGGCAGCGGGAAGAGCACGUACUGCUCCACCAUGGUGCAGCACUGCGAGGCGCUGGGCCGCGCCGUGCAGGUGGUGAACCUGGACCCGGCGGCGGAGCUCUUCAGCUACCCGGUGACGGCAGAUAUCCGCGAGUUAAUAGAGGUGGAUGAUGUGAUGGAGGAUGAUUCCCUACGGUUCGGUCCCAACGGCGGCCUCGUGUUCUGCAUGGAAUACUUCGCCAAUAACUUCAGCUGGCUGGAGGAAAGCCUGGGGCAUGUGGAGGAUGACUACGUGCUGUUUGACUGCCCAGGUCAGAUUGAGCUCUACACACAUCUGCCGGUGAUGAAACAGCUGGUGGAGCAGCUCCAGCAGUGGGAAUUCCGCGUCUGUGGAGUUUUCCUGGUGGAUUCUCAGUUUAUGGUGGAAUCUUUUAAGUUUAUCUCUGGAAUUCUGGCAGCUCUCAGUGCAAUGAUAUCUUUAGAGAUUCCACAGAUUAACAUUAUGACCAAAAUGGAUUUGCUGAGCAAGAAAGCCAAGAAGGAAAUAGAAAAGUACUUGGAUCCAGAUAUGUAUUCUAUGAUUGAAGAUUCUACAAAUAUAUUGAAAAGCAAAAUGUUUAAAAAGCUGACUAAAUCCAUAUGUGGAUUGAUUGAUGACUAUGGUAUGGUUCGAUUUCUCCCUUUUGAUCGCUCUGAUGAGGAAAGUAUUAACAUAGUCCUGCAACACAUAGACUUUACCAUUCAGUAUGGAGAAGAUCUGGAAUUUAAAGAACCAAAGGAAUGUGAAGAAGAUAAAUCUGCUCUUGUGGAUGAAUACUUUCAAGAUCACGUGGAUGAGUAAAAAAUGGAUGGUCAGAUAUGGGAGGAGAAAAUACCCAUAUUUGGGUAUUUUGGUUUGUGUUAAAAAAUGAA